AUGUCAGACGAAAUAAUUAUGUCUAUGAACAAUCAGGCAAUUAAAAUUGAACCACCAGAAUAUUCAGUAGAAGAAAUUAAAUACGAAAUUGAGGAUGAUUUUGAUAAUGCUGAUGCUAUUGUUAAAUCUGAAUCUAAGAAUGAUGAAACAUGUUUAGAAAGAUUCAUGAAUUCCGAAGUGACCAAAGAAGAAGAAGUCAAACAGGAAUUAAUCGAGCCAUCAGCUUAUGAAUGUGACAUUUGUUAUCAAUCAUUUGAAGAAUCACAUCAUUUAAAAGAGCAUAUGGUCGAUCACUUGCCUAGUAAUAGAACAGAAACCCCUUUCAAAUGUGAAAUCUGUAAUAAGACUUUCAAACUAACAAAAGGGUUGAAAAUACACAUGAAUACGCAUUCUGCAGAACGUUCUUUUUAUUGUAAAUUUUGCAAUGAGUCAUUCAAAGAAUCGGUUGCUUUGAAAAAACACUAUUUGGUUCACAGCGGUGAACGGGCCUAUGAAUGCAAUAUAUGCAAUAAGAAAUUUAUAGAAACGGGUACUCUGAAACGUCACAUGCUGAUUCACAGUGAAGUGCGUCCCCAUCAAUGCAGUAUAUGCGAUAAAAAAUUUACAGAAUUAGGUAGUCUUAAACGUCACAUGCUGAUUCACAGUGGAGCACGCCCUCAUCAAUGCAGUAUAUGCAAUAAGACAUUUACACAAAUAAGUCAUCUGCAAAGUCACAUGCUCUUUCACAGUGGUGAGCAACCCCAUCAAUGCAGUAUAUGUAAUAAGACAUUUACACAAAUAAGUCAUCUGCAAAGUCACAUGCUUGAUCACAGAGGUGAGCGUACCCAUGAAUGCAAUAUAUGCAAUAAGACAUUCACAGAAUUAAGUAAUCUGAAACGUCACAUGCUCAUUCACAAUGGAGUACGUCGUCAUGAAUGCACUAUAUGCAAUAAGACAUUUACACAAAUAAGUCAUCUGAAAAGUCACAUGCUCUUUCACAGUGGUGAGCGUACCUAUGAAUGCAGUAUAUGCGAUAAGAAAUUCACACACUUAGGUAAUCUGAAACGUCACAUGCUCAUUCACAAAGGAGAACGUCGCCAUGAAUGCAGUAUAUGCAAUAAGAAGUUUACAGAAUCACGUAGUGUGAAACGUCACAUGCUGAUUCACAAUAGAGCACGUCCUCUUGACUGCAACAUUUGUAAUCAGACAUUCACACAAUUAGUUGAUCUGGAAAGACACAUGCUGAUUCACAGUGGUAAUCUGAAAAAUCACAUGCUCAUUCACGAUGGAGUACGUCCCUAUGAAUGCAGUAUAUGCAAUAAGAAGUUUACAGAAAAAGGUAGUCUGAAAUGUCACAUGCUGAUUCACAGUGGAGUACGCCCUCAUCAAUGCAGUAUAUGCAAUAAGACAUUCACAAUGUUAGGUAAUAUGAAAAGACACAUGGCACUUCAUAGUCGGAAGCUAGAUGAAAAGGAAUGA